AUGGACGACACCAGAAGAGUGACUGUCACUUUGUCGCAAGAACAUCUUAAUUUACUUUUGCUGGCCAAAGCGCAAGCGCUGGCACAAAAGCAGCGGGCAACAGUCCCUUCCCCUCCAAAAUUACCCAUUGUACAUGUCACAUCAUCAAAAGAACCACCUGCUUUUGAGCAAGGAUCCAAGGCCAAACAGCCAAUGGAAUUUCCCUGGACCCACUCGUGCGUCUCCUUUCGCCGUCCGUUUGGUUUUCGCUGCUUCGUUUCCUUCCGCAAGCGCUCACCCUCCCGACAACUCACCUUCUUCCUCUUUGUGAAGUUUUAUGGUGAAAGAUCGGAUUUUUAUGGCGAAGUCGUAGGUUUCGGCUGCUGUCAAGUACGCGGGAAGGCUAGUGCCGGUUGGGAAGCAGAGGGGAAAGCCUCAUCCUACCAACCCUACCUCCGAGCGCGUACCAGGGCCAGGACCGUCGCCCUCGAGCGCCUCCAGAUGUCGUCGCCGGUGGACCCCGCCUCCUGCCUCCAACUCCGUAGCCGCCGUCUCGAGAAGCCAACUCGCCCUCCCCUCUCUGCUAGGUCCCGAGCCGCCGACAAGAACAAGCCCACUCCGAAAGCAGGCCCUAGCCGCCGGAUAGGCGGCAAGAAGGCAAUCGAAGCGAUGGCGGACCUCUCUAGGAUGAACUCUGUGGGUUCCGUGGUACCAGCGACUCGCAUAUCCAUCCAGCUAACGGCCGAAGGUGGUUCUGGGAUCCAAGCUUCUUUUGGUGGAAAUCCUUAUGAGCUCGACAGGAACAGGAGUGAGAGAGAAACCACGCCUUGCAGCCUGAUAAGUAACUAUGAAGCAGUAACGCCUGGUUCUACAAUUCUGCCUAUCGACUGCUGUGCAAAAGAGCAGCAACCAUCUGCCCUCGAAAUGGAAGCGCUUUUCGCAGGUCCAGAAGAACUCCAACAAAGAAGUUUCUUAGAGAAGUAUAACUUCGAUGUUGUGAAGGAUCAGCCCCUGCCUGGCCGCUAUGAAUGGGUGAAAUUGGACUCCUAGCGAGUGAUGUUCCAGUCUGACAAAACUUAACUACUGACACAAAACGGAGAAGUGGGGAUUGCAGAGUGGUGCUGGAAGCACUGGAGUUUCAGGACUAGUGUUUAGUGUAACGUAGAAUAGAAUCCUAGAACAUCCAUUAAAUGAAGCUUCGAUGUUUGAUUGCUGGUUGUGGGUGUAUGGUUGGUGUGUAGUAUUAAAAGUACUGGGAAGACUGAAGUGUCUUUCUGAAUAAA